CUCUCCUUCCUCCCUCACACCCCAACCCAGAGAUUUCCUCAUCUGCUGUGACUCCUUCCAGGGGGUGGGGGUGGGAGUGUGUGUGGACAGACGGGCAGACUGGGGACGAUGGCUGCUAAGGAAACCUGCGUGAACCCAAAGGCCAGGAGGCAGGCAGCACCUUCCAAAGACAGGCCUGGGGAGGCCUCAGCCAACAGGAAAGGUGUAGAUGACCAAGACUAUGAGAAUAUCACUUUGACCUUCAGAAACCAGGACCAGUCAAAGGGCAGCUGUUCACCACCCAAGAGUAAGGCCUGGACCAGGCCAUCCUCGGACUCGGCCUGGCCCUUGCAGUGGUUGCCCACAGCCAUCAUCAGCCUGUACAUUCUUCUCGCCCUGUUUUCCAUCACCUUGCUGUCCUGGGUCCUGGUGAACAAUUCUAAGAUGUCCCAGGAGCUGCUGGCCUUGAAAGGGGAGCUGUGGAAUAAUGUGCGUGAGUGCCAGGAAAAGCAGAAGCAGGGCUGGAGCGACAUCUCUCAGAGAAUCGCUGAGUACCUGGACACAGUCAAGAAUGGGACUGAGAAACUGAAGAUGCUGCCUGUAGGUGUGUUUGGGGACCUCCACUGCCCAGACUGUGGUGCUGGGGAACCAGAGGCGGGCCCGCAGAAGUCCCGUCCUCCCAGAGUGCAGAGUUUGGAGGGGUGAUGGAUGUUACUUUCGAGCGAGUUACUUUCGAGGGGGGGUAUUUAAAUGCUGCUGGGAAGCCCAAGUGCUAGGCUCUGCAGCACCCUAACCUGGGGGUUUGGGCAAGGAGGGGUCUUCCAAUAAAGGUGGGGGCCUUGUCUGAGGCUCCACCUCAGUCUUCUCCUCUCUCCCCACCCCAACCCCAGGCAUAAACC